AUGAAUAGAAAUACAGAUGCUGAAUUGGAUGAAGAUGAGAAACGUGAUAUUUUGGAAGCGUUUAAUAUAUUUGAUUUAAAUAAGGAUGGACAUCUGGAUUUCCAUGAAUUUAAAGCGGCUACAAGAGCAUUAGGGUUUGAAGUUGAUAAGAAACAAUUAUUAGAACUUAUAUCUCAUUAUGAUAAAGAUGGUCGUCACUUAAUUAAUUUUGAAGAUUUUCAAGAGAUAAUGAUACAAUGGAUGCUUGAGAGAGAUCCUAUGUUGGAAAUUAAGAAAGCAUUCCAUUUGUUUGAUGAAGAUGGUACUGGGAAAAUAACAAUGAAGGAUUUAAAAAAAUUAGCAAAAAGUUUAGAUAUAAGGAUAUCAGAUGAAGAAUUGAAAGAAAUGAUUGAUGAAUUUGAUUUAGAUGGUGAUGGAGGUAUCAAUGAAGAAGAAUUUAUUUCAAUUUGCACCGACACCAGCUAA